AUGUCAGACUCCGAGGUCAGCGUCGCCUCAUCCACGUUGAGCGAUGCUGGUCGCGAUGGCAACAACAGGAACACAGGCGUUCGCGUCAAGUUCGGCUUGUCGGCAUUGGAUGGAACAUGCAAGGUCACUGGAGGCACGGAAGGAAGCAAGCUGCAGCUCGGAGACACGUUGCGGUCCAUCGACGGUCAGCCAGUUGAGGGCCUCACCAUGCUUGCCAUCAACCAGCUGCUGCGCGGAGAACCUCUCUCGCUCGUUGAGAUCGAGCUGGAGAGGGGAUGGGCAAAGAUCCCCAUCAGAGCUCAGCUUCAGCGACGGUCAGGGAGAAAGAAAAAGAAGUUGCCGUCUACUCCUCCCCCGGACGACGAGAUCCCAGCGUUCCGAGACAUGCCUGCUCCGUCAGUGACUUCGCAGUCCAGCUCUCCCCCCUUUCCUCCUCUUCCUCCACGAUCGGACAGCAGCUUCCGGUCCCAGCAGCCUUCGCCUCUCGUUGGGAAGCAAUUCAGCCCCUCAGUUGUACAGGCAGCUGCCGGAGAGAAGCGAGCGCUUGGGCAAGCCAGCGGGCUGAGUCAGGGAGGAAGCAAGUCAGGAUCUGCGAGCCCCGUGAGUCAGGAGUCGCUCCUUCAGCGCCUGAGUCAUCAGCUCGAGCGACUUGACGCUCAGGCUCGAGGCUACCAGAAGAACGUGCAGGAGCUGGAAGUCGCGCUGGAGCAGAGCAAGACAGAGUGCUCGACCAAGGAAGGAUACAUCCAUGAGCUACAAGAGCAUGUGGCACAACUUCAGAACGCUGUUGAACAAGCUGAUGUAAAGACGACGAUGCUCUCGCGUGAGAAAGCUGACGCUGCCUUCCAGCAUGACAACAGAAAGCUUCGAGAUCAAUUGCAGCAAUCCGAGGAAGAGCUCGAGCACAGAGACAAGACGAUAUCCGAGCAGAGAGAUCGCAUAAAUCGUCUUCAACUCCAAGUUGGUGCGAGUUCGGCUUCGGGAGGUGCAAAAGCUUUCUUGGACGAGCUGAUCGGAGUGAAGGAAAAAUACGCGGUAGAGGCGAAGAGAGCCAAGGAAGAGGCAGCGAUGGCAAAGAGAAAUGUGGAGGUCGUGACGCGAGAAAACGAGGAGAAGGAGCGACUGAUCAGAGAGUUGGAAGAUGCGCGCAAUGAGCUGGAUGGGAAGGCGAAGCAUGACAGCAAGGAGGCAGAGGGUCUGAAGCAGAAGGUGAAGAGCAUGGAGGGUCUGCUGGAGAAGCAGAUGCGCGACGUGAUGGAGCAGCUGGUGGCUGUGAUGCACCGGAACGAAAGUUUGACGCAAGAGAGCAGACGAGCGAUUGAGCAGACGAGGGUGUCGCACGAGGAAAGCGAGAGACUGUCGCAGAUUGCGAGCGGGUUGACGCAGGAAGGACGACGAGCAGAGGCGCAAGAGAAGCAGCUGCUGGAACAUGGAGACGAUCAAGUUGACAAGUUGCUGCGUCAAGUGUCGGAGGUGGACGAGUUGAUGUGCAGGUUGAGCGAGACGUGCGGGCCGAUGAGGAUGCGAUGCGACAGGCUGGGAAUGAGGCUGGAGAAGUUGAGGUCAGACGGGGCGCGAGAAGCCUGGCAGGUGAAGCAAGAGAGUCUCAAGAUCGCCGAGAUGUGCCUGCAGAUGCAAGGAGAGGUGAAAGAAAGCUUGAGCUCGUUGCGACGACAAUCCGAAGCAGCGCAGGAGCAGCAGAGGGCCCGAGCUCAUGGUAUGGAGGAACUGCAGCUGAAGUUGCAGACGUCACAGGCGGAACUGAAGCUCGCGAGGGAGGCAUUGAAGAAUCGAGAAGAGGAGAGGGCAGAGGAGAAACAGAAGCUGGUGCGGGUCACCUUGCAGCUUGAGCAGGCUCAACGAGGGUCUCAGCGGGCGGCGGGGGAGAUGGCCUUGCAGGCUCAGCUCGUGGCGACUCGGCAAGCAGAACAAGAGCACGUGCAGACACGAGUGGAGGAGCAGCUCGAGCAGCUCGAGCAGGUGGCGAGGAAGAUGGGAGACCAGCUGGAGGUGGCGAGACGGCAGGUGGAGGAGCUUGAGGGGCGAAGGGCUGAAACGUGCAAGAGGAACGAGAAGCUGCAAGAGGCUGCGGAGAAUCGGAUGAGUUUACAGCAGCACUUCCACCUGAUGAAGUCGCACAGAGAGACGAGGAAGCGACGGCAUGCUGAGUCGCAGCUGCUGCAUGCUCGAGCAAUGGCAUUGCAACUGAAGGACUUGUGCCGUGAGGGCCUUGACUUGCGCGAUGUUGUCGAGCUGGUUCAAGAGGGGCAGGAGUGCGAGGAAGUAACGCUAGACGCGCUUGAACUUAUAGAAGGGAAGAUGAGGAGAUGUCUGAAAGAAGUUGAGCUGAGCAGGAAGAGGAGGGAGGAGCUGCAAGCCGAAGCAAGAGGACAAGCUGCGACUGUUGAGAUGCUGCGAGGUGAACAGCAAGAAACCUCGAAGAAGGAGGAGCUCAAGAUCGAGCAGCUGCUGUCUGACUGCGAUCGACUCUCAUCGACCUGCUCCCUGACCCUUGCGAUGCUGCUGGAGGGGCGCGACGAGAAAGCGCAGACCGUCUUCUCGAUGCUCCUCCAACUUGAGGAAGCGACAAGCCUCGUGCAUGGCUGUCAAGUUGAGGCCCGAGAGGAGGAGCACAAAGUCCACCAGGAGAUCCAGCUGAGCCUCGACAGUGCUGAAAAGCUUGAGGAACAACUGCGAUGUCUGAGGAACGAGAUCCUGUCUGCAAGGGCUGCGUGCGGCUGUGCUCCUGCUGGCUUGUCGUCGAUUGUGGCUGCUAUGAAGAGGAGACUCGUGGCGGUCAGGAGCGACGGCCUUGACGUCUCACGCGCUCUCCUCGCCGCCUCUCAGCAGCUUUCAAGUUUUCAGUCUGCCUACGAAGAGGAAGCUCGAAGUCAGGCCGCACAGUUUGACAAGCUGCUGAAGGGGAGGCGAGAGGAGAAGAGGGAGGAGAAGAGGGAGGAGAAAGUCUGUUGGCGAUGGGGCAGGUUGUUGUUCAAGUUGUUGGCGCUGCAAGCUCAGCAAGCUGCGAGCUCGCGAGAUUGCAUGGAAGCUUCUGAGGUCCGCAUGCAAGAGCUGGAGACGUGGGUGAUGGAGGAGAAACAGAAAUUGGCGGAGAAGGAGGCGGAGGCGGCGAGCAUGCGGCGAGAGCUGGAAAUCAUGAGACUUGAGCUGCAGGAAAGUCAAGCUGGUCAAUUGCUGGAGAAAGACGAGCUCAGAAAGGUCAAGAGCAAGGAGGCGAUGCUCAAGAGCGAGCUGGGGCAGGCCAAGGAAGAGCUGGGGCAGGCCAAGGAGGAGCUGGGGCAGGCCAAGGAAGAGCUGGGGCAGGCCAAGGAGGAGCUGGGGCAGGCCAAGGAAGAGCUGGGGCAGGCCAAGGAAGAGCUGGGGCAGGCCAAGGAAGAGCUGGGGCAGGCCAAGGAGGAGCUGAGUAGGAGGAUAAGGUCGGAAGAAAGCAAGCUUGCUCACAUGCGACGCAUGCAAGAGGAGAUGCGGGUGAUAGAAGAGCAAGUGAAACAUCUUGAUGAGCUCAUGGAGCAGCUGGAGGCUCGAAGAGGAGGAAGAGUCGCCGACAUCCUCGUGCGGGUCCUUGACGUCGCGGCAGACCUCAAGUCUCUUAGCCUUGUGCUGGAGGAGGCGAAGGAAUCAGCGAAGCGAGGCGAUGAGGAGGCAAGGAGGUUGCAGGAGGAAAUGAAACUGGCAGCGUCAGACAGUGAGAAGAUGAAGAAGUUGAUGGAGCUGGUGGGGGAGGAAGAGCGAGCGAGGGAGACAAGCAGAGCAACGUGCGAGGAGAUGCUGACGGAGCUCACGGAUGUGCGCAGCGACUGCCUGCGAGUGUUCGCUGACAUGAACAACGAGUGGAAGGAGAGCCACGACGAGCUGCUGGGGCUGCUCGCCAUGGCAGAGGGCAGGAAGGAGCGAUGGGUGGGGGCGGCACUUCCGUUCGCUCAGAACAUCCUUGACGAGCUGAACCAAUCGCAGGAGGAGAUUGACGACGUGAUGCUGCAAGUUGAGUCGAACAUGCGACGCGACGACGCGGCCUGCUGGCAGAUGCUUCGUGAUAUGGUGACAGUGGCGCAAGACCUGGAGGGAGAGGCGAGACAAGUGACGACAAGUGUGGGGGUAUGGCAGGAGGAGACGCUCGAGGUGAUGGAAGCGCUCGACCGACUCCUUUCAGCUUCUCUGCCAUGUGCUGAGCGAUGGCUGGAGGUGACUGCAAAACUGGAGAAGAUGGUGCGAGAGCUGAGGCUGUUGUUGGUCGCGGAGACGGGGGGGGAGAGGGAUGAUGGUUUGGACGUCUGGGCGAAAGUUGCAUCCCUUGUCCGCGGGUUCGAAAGUGCAAAGAGACGCUUAAGGGAAGUGGAGGAAGAGCGAGAGGCGAUGGUUGAGAUUCUAGUCAGCUAUCAGACUCAGUGGAGACUUGCAGGAGGACGAGGAGAGCUGAACGUCUCUGAUCGUCUCCUCCUCCUCCUCCGCCACGCACACCAGCAACUCAGCGACUCGCGCUUGAUGCAACAGGCGUCUGAGCUCGCCGAGACUCGCCGGCAGCUGGAACAAGCGGAGACCUUGAUCACGCGCCUGCGAGCAGCGGCAGACGAGCAGGAAGAGACGCGACGAAAAGAGUCGGCAGACGCGGAGAGAGCUGCCAGAGAGCUGGAGGAGGUGAGGCAGCAGCUGGGAAAGGUACUGGAUGAGAAUAGUUUGCUUGUGUCCCAAUGCGAUCGCCUGGAAGAAGAAGUAGGAAAACUGCGAGUGAUGGUCGUGGAGAGGAGAAGGGAGGAGGAACAAGAAGUGGAGGAGGAGGCGAGGAGGGAGGAAGAGAGUCUGUUGUCUCUCCUGGUUGGUCUGGAUAAUCUGAUGCAGACGCUUUCUCCCCUCGCGUCCCUGGGGAGAGAGAGAGCGGAUGACCUAAAGGAGCUGAGGGCAGCCAGGAGGGAGAAGGAGCGACUGGUUCGGAGAGCAGGCGAGCUGGAGGAGGAGCUGCGAACCUCUGCUGAAGAGAUGAAGGGCUUGCGGUCUCGUCUGACUGCUGCGGUCAAGGCGCAGCAGGAGGCGGAUGAGAGGGAGGAGACGGUGAGGAGCGAGUUAGAGGAGGCCGUUGAACUCCUCCGCAUCUCCUGCCUAUGCCAAGAAGUUGGUGAGCGCCGCGCAGGAGAGUCGGGGGAGCAGCAGGAGGCUGCCAAGUCGCGGGGGGGAGAUGAGGAGGAGCAGAAACAGUUACUCGGCGGCAUCACGUGGCUGCUGGAGGAGGUGAAGGGGAGCAGGCGGCUAGCAGAUGGCUUCCUCGAGGACCUCUCGGCGCUCGAGCAGGAGCACACGUUGUGGACCAACAUCCUCGAGAGGAUCGUGCGCAAGGUGACGAUCGAGGAGGCGGAGGAUGAAGAGAGCAACGCUCUGUCGCCCGCUAGCAUGAGGAGCCGCUUCCGCAGUCUGCCGACGGCAGUUGAGAGGAGAAUAAGAGCAGAGACGAGGAAGGCGACGAAGAGCGAGAGCCUGCUGCAGGAGAAGAACGAGAUCAUCACCAGCCUCAUGAGCGACGUGACGUCCCUGCAAGAGACCCUCACUGAACAGCACGAGAAGAUGCUGAGCUUGGAACGAGAAAUGAUGCAGCUGAAGCUCUCCUCCUCCUCCUCCUCCUGCCCUCGCCUCCAGCACAGAGACGAAGAGGCUGAUGCCCAUGGCGCGGUCGACGCGACUGCCGUCCUCGCCAGGUUGAGAGAGGCAGGGGAGACCCAGGGGAGGAGACAGGAGCAGAAGAACUUCUCCUGCUCUUGCGUCCACUCGCACCAUCUGGCUGAGCUGAAGGAUGAGCUCAACGGCAUCCUUGUGGCGGAGAGCAUCAAGCAGGACGAGGGCUCGGAUCCUCUUGAGCUCGCGAGGCUGCUGGGAAGGAACGUGCGGGUGCUGAAGCGACAGGUCGAGUAUCUGACCGAGUCGAUCGUGAACGCGCUGCCGCUGGAAGGAGCCGCGGCCUCCACCUGCUGGCUGAAAGCUGUUCUCGCCACAAGCUUGCAGCAGCUGGAGGGCCGGGAGAGGGGGGAGGGAGGGGAAGCGUUCACCGCAGAGGAGCUGCGCUACUUCUCGUUCCCUGAGCUGUCAGGUGGAGGAACCAAGCCGCUCAACAAGCACUCACUCCUCACGCUUUACGCCCACCUCGAGCACGUGGCACAGAAGUUCGCGGAGGCGGAGGGGAAGGAUGGUAACCCGGCGAGCGAUGCAGCAGAGGAGAAAAGAGACCAGGAGGGAGAUGCUUGGGUGAGCUUUCAUCGACUGCAUGUAAAUAGUUGA